UGCUCCCGUGCGGAUGUUUAGCCAAGGAGAAGUAUGUCAAAAGAUUAGUCCUAAUAGUAGGAAUAAUAGGCAUGUGCUAUCAGUUCAUAAAAUUAUUUGAGGCCAGCGUCAUGACGAUUUAUUGUAACGGCGUUCAAAUGCAAAUGUGGGGUGGUUUUUUUCAGAGUAAAAAAUGGCGCUUUCAAAGACCUUUUUCCUGUUGGGCUUGAUAUUGAUGCUGGAGCAGCAGGUGAUGUCCGAAGUUAAUUGCACCACACGAGUUUUACCUACACCUUUGUGCGAUGAAACGUAUCACCAGGUAUGUGACAAAGAACAAGAUGCUAGUGGUUGCCCAACAGGGAAGUUUUGCUUUCCCAAAAGCACUCCAGAUGGAUGUAGUCUCAGUUGUCCCAAGUUUUGUCGAGACUCUGAAACCUAUUGCGUGGGAAGGAAGCCCAGCCCCAAUGCCACGUGUAACGGACCGGACUCGUGUGUGCCUCGUGUCGAGGUGACUUCUGGAUGUCCCAACUAUUGUACUCCUGAGUGCGAUGCCGGCCAAAGGGUGUGUACAGGGGUGAGAACAGCCACGAAUCCUUGUAUGAGUCCGCCCACUUGCGUUCCCACCGACCAGAAUUGUCCUGGAGACACGCACGAUCAAAACGGAUGUCCUCUCUCAACCAAGCCCGAACCAGCCAGUUGUCCAGAUGGACAGAUUCUGUGUAGCAAUGGAGUAGAUGCCAAGGGAUGCAAUCUAGGCAAGGAAUGCAAGACCCCAAUUGCUUCAUCUAAUGACCAAUGCCCAAAAAUUUGUCCCGUAGCGUGCUCCAGCACCCACCAAGUGACUUGUCCCCAGACAUAUGACUUCAACGGCUGCCCCAAAGCCCCAAAGUGCGCCCCCUCUUUGAUGAGUUGUCCUCAGCCCCAAUACGCGGCAAUCACGGGCUGCCCCAUUAUGAAGGAACCAGAUUGUGAUCUCACCACGCAACAACAAUGUCAUCAAGAGCCCAUCUAUAAGCAUGAGAUUCCUGGUCUCGUUCUAAGCGAACUGUUUGAGCCUUAUUUAAUUUGCAUGCGUCCGGGCAUUUGCCAGCCUAAGCACAAGCCUGGCACCUUUUGUCCGUUCCUGUGUGAAAAAGAUUGCAGGGUGAUCAGUGAGAAUGGAACGUCGCUAGUGACGCUGAAGAAAUGUGACGGUCUCUUCACAAACAGAGGAUGUCAAACCCAGAACUAUUGCGAGGAGAAACAAUUUCCGUGCCAGGAGCAAACCUUUGACGAGAGAGGCUGUGCUAUUCAUCCCACGGUUCAAUGCGCCUCCCAUGAGGAGAAAUGUGAAGGAAC